UAAAACAGUCAAGCUAGUUGCUUGAAUUUCAAAUAAUCUGGGUCAUUUAAUGAUAAUAUAUAUUAUUUAAAAAACUCUGUGCACGCCCUAAGAAUAGGGCAUCAUGUUUUUAAUCUCGACGCGAUUUCAAUUAUCCUUGUGCAUCCUAAUUAGUCUAUUUUUGUCGGUGAGUGAAGCCAGAAGUGUUUCAAAUGAGUCCCAGGAUCAGUCGGAUCGUGAAAACAAGAUCACCGAUGACACGGAGGAGUAUCUCAGAUCCUAUGGCGCGAAGAUGAAGUCCUAUAUGAACUUUAGUGUCGAACCCUGCGAUGAUUUCUAUGAGUACGCCUGCGGAAACUGGAAGCAGCCGCGGAGAAGCAACCACAAGGAGAGUAAUCUGCUGAGCAUCGUCUAUUCUCUGGCGGCUGUGACAGAGCAGCUGAUAACCAGGACUCAAUUGGCGGAGGCGCUUAACGUGUCCUCCGAAUUGCUGGUUACACAACGCUUCUAUAACGCAUGCCUCACAGCCUUGAUCUUUCCGCUGCCGGCCGCUGAUCCCGCUUAUCUAUCGCUUAUCAGGUCAGUGGGUGGUUUCCCCGCCGUCGACGGAGCUGCCUGGAACGCCUCCAAAUUCAGCUGGUUCAACAUGAGCGCCCAUCUCACCAACUACGGUGUCAAAGGGCUAAUAAACGACAACAUCCUGCCUAUGUACCCCUUCGAUCCGUACUUUAAAGGGCCGGAUUUGGGCUACGACCAUCCCGUCCAUACGGACAACAUCGCCAAUUCCAGUUCGCGGGCCUACAAAUUGAACGAGGACCGCAUGCGCGGCUACCUGCAGGCCUUCAAUCUCACGGAGGAAAAAAUCUCCGCCGUGGUCGCCGGCGUCUUUGACUUUUGGCGCGAGGCACUCUCUAUUGAAGAUAAGUUUGAGGGUAAUGACGAUAUGUGUAAAAAAAUUACCGAGAUGCACGAGGUGCCACAAUUUAGUCAAUGGAGGAGCUAUUUCGAAAUCGCCUGGAAUGGCCUACACUUCAAUGAGGAAGAAUCUUAUUACUGCGACUAUUACUACGACGAGCUAGACAAGGUGUGUGCCAAACAUCAGGAGGCGGUGGCCAACUAUCUGGCUAUGCUGCUCCUGUACCGCAUGGACAGUUCUCUGAAGGACGAAAAGUACCAUAAGGAGCAUUGCCUGAUGCAGGUCCAGUCCACAAUGGCUCAUCUCAUUAACAAACUUUACAUGGCGGAGCACUUCAGCGAGGAAACGCAUUCCGAGAUCUACGGCAUGGUGAAGGAGUUGCGCAAAACCCUGCGUCAAGAGCUGGAGAAUGCCGAGUGGCUGGAUACGGAGACGCGGCAAGAGGCGCUGCUCAAGGAGGCCAGAAUCACGACACAGAUUGGUAGCUAUAAGGACGAGCAGCUUACCGACACACUGAUUCGCCAGAUUGGGAAUCUCUCCGUGGUCGAGGACAGCUUUGCCCAGACCAUGAUCAAUCUGCGUAAAUUUGGAGUCAGUCAGCGACGGUACAAUGGCCUGCAUUACGAAGAAAUACCCUCGGACUCGAAGCCACUGGAGUUGUUCGUGGGGAUGCAGGUGAAUGCCUUCUACUACAUCCUAGAUAACUCGAUCUACGUUAUGGCUGGUAUCCUGCAACCGCCCGCGUUUCACCACUCCUGGCCUGAUUCCCUAAAGUUUGGCGUACUGGGCUACCUGGUAGGUCACGAGUUGACCCACGGUUUUGAUACGGUGGGCUCCACCUAUGACGGCACUGGGGAAAGGCGCAAUUGGUGGUCAAAGAAAUCUGAGGCUGUGUUCCAAGAACGCGCGCAGUGCUAUGUGGAUCACUUCAGCAACUAUUUGAUACCGGAGAUCAAUCAUAAGAUCAAAGGCAACGAGACCAAGGAUGAAAAUAUUGCAGAUGCCGGUGGAUUGAGGGAGGCCCUCGCCGCCUACAGGAGCCACAUGAAGCAGCUCCAAAAGAAGGGCGAGAAUAACGAGACUUUGACACCCCAAAACGAGCAGAUGCCCGGGCUCGACCUCUCGCCAGAACAACUUUUCUUCCUCGGAUUUGCACAGCUUUGGUGCGCCAACUACGAGCAGGAGGAUUACUGGGAGGAGUUGAAGAAUGAGCACACCAGCGACAAGUAUCGGGUCCUGGGGGCCGUUUCCAAUAAUGAGGACUUCGCCGAGGUCUACAACUGCCCUCUGGGAAGUGCCAUGCAUCCAAAGGCUGAAACAUGUCGCUUGUGGUAAUGUGAAGUCUACUUCAAAAAAUUUAAUAAAAAAGAAGAUAUAUAAAUGUUGGCUAUUUUUAAAUGUUUCGAAUAUUUUAAAGUAUUUUAUUUUUAAAGGUUGUUAACUAACGCUUAAAAGAUUAAAGAUUAAACCUUUUUUAAAUGAGAUAAAUUCCCAUAAAUAAAGAUACCAAUGUUUUUUGAACUGUGAAUACAUAUUAAAAAUGGUAUGCCCAAAAACCACUUCAUGUAUAUUCACGUUUUCUUUAAACUUA